CGUCUAGUCGUUUGAGAUGGCAGAAGAUGGAAAGUUCCGAAUUGAGAAGUUCGAUGGUACAGAUUUCAGUUGGUGGAAGAUGCAAAUUGAAGAUUUGCUGGUUCAGAAAGAUUUGGACGUGGUAUUGGGUGACAAGCCAGAAAAAAUGUCGGAUGCAGAUUGGGCAAGUUUGGAUCGGAAAGCUAUGUCCGUGAUCCGUCUCUCAUUGACCAAGAAUGUUGCGUUCAACAUUCUGAAGGAGAAGACAGCGAAGGGAAUUAUGGACGCGCUGUCUAACAUGUAUGAAAAGCCAUCUGCAGCGAACAAAGUUUUUCCGAUAAGAGAGCUGGUGAACACAAAAAUGAAAGAAGGCACUUCAGUUACCAAGCAUAUCAACAAGUUGAAUUCGAUCUUAGCCAGACUAUUGUCAGUGGGCAUUAAGUUCGAUGAUGAAGUUCAAGCUUUGCUACUGCUAUCGUCUUUACCUGAUAGUUGGUCCGGAACGGUUACAGCAGUUACCGGGGAGUCAUCUGGUGAAUUGCUUCAUGUUGGUAGAGGUAGAAGAAAUAACAGAGGUAGUGGGAGCGGGAACAGACGAAGGAGUCAGUCGAAGACUCGGGAUAGCUCAGGUGUAACGUGCUGGAAGUGCAAGGAGGUGGGGCAUUUUAGGAAUCAAUGUCCGAAUGAUAAGAAAGUAAACAUUGCUCAAGGCUCUGCGAGUGACGAGGAGGUUGCUCUGACUUGCUCAUUGCAGAAUCUAGUUGUUGGGAACUUUGGAAAGGUACGACUAGCAGACGAUAGAGCUCUUGAUGUGACGGACAUGGGUGACAUAGUGCUGAAGACCCCAGUCGGUUUCUGGACUUUGAAGGAUGUCAAAGUUGUUCCAGCCUUGAAGAAAAGUUUGAUUUCUGUCAGGCAGUUGGACGAACAGGGGCACGAGGUGAAGUUCAGAGAUGGGCAGUGGAAGGUUGUGAAGGGAAAUCUUGUCAUGGCCCGUGGAAGGAAGAGAGGUUCGUUGUAUAUGGUCGAGUUACCAUCUGAGGGAGUGACCGUCCCAGUUCAGAAGAAAAACGAAGUCCGGUUCACAGAGUCUCGUGGGCAGAAUAAGGUUGUCUGUGCAAGAGAAAAACCUAGAGCCACUGGUCAGACUCAGGAUGAACGAGCGUGGAAAGGUUCAAGGGGGCCAGUCAGAGGUAUUUGUGGCAGUGGGAGCUCAAGAGGCGCUUCAGCCAAGUUUCCUAGAAGACAGUGGGUCAGGAGAACCAGCAUUCCAGCUGUUGGAACAUCUCCAGAAAAUUUCUUGCUGAGUAUGGAGAAUGUUUGUUCUCAGGAUGUUCCAGGAUCCGGCAGUGUGCGUCUGCAGUGGGAGCCGGUAGGGACCGAGGACGAGUCAGGGGCAGAUUUUGCCGUGACUGAUGUGUUGGAGCUUGGGAGAGCUUCAACGGGCCUUUCAGUUGUCUGAUGAUAGGGCCGCUGCAACAGGAGAGCUGAGGAAGAUUACUCGAUGUACAAGGAAUCGUGGUGGAUGGCAGUUGAUGACUAUCAAGCCUCCAAGUGGGAGAAUGUUGGGUUUGUGGAGGCUUGGGCUUGACUUUUGGCCUGGCCCAUUUUACGAAACCCUAGAUGCACUCUUCCUAUAUAUAUUGCAUACUUGUACUUGUAAUUGAGACACCACAAGUGAAAUAAGAAAAUCCUCCCGUU